AGUUAAUUUCUGUUACGUGAAUAAGAGAGCGGUUUUACGGUUCAUGCAUGCCAACAACCCCUCCAUUCAUUCAUCAAAAACGGUUAAAGAACUCAUCUCUCUCUCUCUUCAACUCCAUCCCCCCAUUUCUUCUUCUUCUUCUUCUUCUUCUUCGAAACUCACAAAGGGCACCAUCUAAAUCUUCUUCUUCUUCUUCUUCGAAACUCACAGACACCAUGAGCGGCGGUGGUGAUAAUAGAGUGAAGGGGUCGUGGAGUCCUCAGGAGGACUCAACGCUGAUCAAGCUGGUGGCGGAGCACGGCCCGCGCAACUGGUCCUUGAUCAGCUCCGGCAUCCCCGGCCGGUCCGGAAAGUCGUGUAGGCUGAGGUGGUGCAACCAGCUCAGCCCCGACGUGCAGCACAAGCCGUUCUCGCCGGCCGAAGACGCCGCGAUCGUCAGGGCCCACGCUCUGCACGGCAACAAGUGGGCCACCAUCGCCCGGCUCCUCCCCGGCCGCACCGACAAUGCCAUCAAGAACCACUGGAACUCCACGCUCCGGCGGCGGAGGCUGGCCGAGUCGAGCUCGGCCUCUUCCGAGUUGAAGCGGUUGAUUGGCGCCACGUCGGACGACCCGGAGACGAAGCGGCAGUGCUUGCGUGGGGCGUCGGCGGAGGAGGAUAGUUUCAAAGCGGUUGCGGCGGGAGUAGAGGGCGUGCUGACGUCACUGACGCUGUCGCCGCCUGGGCAGAAAGUGGAAAACGAGGUCGUUUUGAAGAGUGAGGAGGUGGGGGAGGAGGAGGAAGAGGACAAUGAUGAUCACCAAGAGGAGGCGGUGGAUGACGAGGAGAAAUGUACGGUGGAGAUGGAGGAGACGUGUCUGAUGACGAUGAUGCAGCGGAUGAUAGCCCAGGAGGUGAGGAACUACAUCGAGAGCUUACGGGCCGAGAAUGGGCUAGUAUUUGGGCUACAGUCGACGGUCCAAAAUGAUCGGAAAUGUUGA